AUGGCCGUCACAGACCUACACUCCCAACAACCCGAAAAACCCCAAGACCCCUACACGAAAGCCCUCACGCUGAACCACCUCUGGGCCCAAAAAACCACCCUCCAAAACCCCUCCCUAUUCCCUACCCUCGCGCGCGCCCAACACCCCCAAAUCCUCUGGAUAGGAUGUUCCGACUCGCGGUGUCCCGAAACGACCCUCCUGGACCUGAACCCAGGUGACGUCUUCGUGCAUCGCAACAUCGCCAACGUGGUGAAUGCCGCUGAUGUGAAUUGCGCCGCGGUGGUGGAGUAUGCGGUGCUGCAUUUGAAGGUGAAGCAUGUGGUGGUGUGUGGACAUACGUGUUGUGGGGGGGUUGGGGCUGUGUUGGCAGCCCCGAAGGGGGAGAGGAAUGGGGAGGAAAGGGAGAAUAGUGUGCUGGAUGCGUGGUUGAGUUCUUUGAAAAGGGUGAGGGAUAGGUAUGCGAGUGAGUUGGAGGGGAUACAUGGGGAGUAUGAAAGGGGGGUGAGAUUGGUGGAGUUGAAUGUGUUGGAGGGGGUGAGGGUGCUGAUGGCGAUGGGGGUGGUCAGGGAGGCGGUGGAGAAGGGGGAGGUGGAGGUUCAUGGGGCUGUUUAUGAUGUGGGUUGUGGGGUGGUGAGGGAGUUGGAGUUGGAUGUUAAGUUGUAG